CCCAACGACUGCUUCCGGGGGCUUGUGGCAAAGGGGAAGCUGCGGUGGCGAUGUCGACGUUUAGGGGUCUGCGGCAAUUUCAACUCCGAGGCCCAGGCGGCAAGUGCGACGUGUACUAUUGAGACGAAUCACCCACGCUUCUCAGGCGCCUCCUUAGUGACGCUCCCCGACGCAAAGCCCGCCCACUGACGCACCACUUCCGCGCUCGCUGCCCGCGUAGCAAGAUGGCGGAGGAGCCCGAGCCGGCGCUGCAGCUCUGUCCAGCAAGUGCUGCUGAAGGCGAAGGACCCACCGAGGUCUCCCCAGAAACAGCCACUCCGGAGCCCCCUUCUUCUGCUGCAGUCUCCCCGGGGACGGAGGAACCUGCCGGCGACACCAAAAAAAAAAUUGACAUCCUGCUGAAGGCUGUGGGAGACACCCCUAUAAUGAAAACCAAAAAGUGGGCUGUGGAGCGAACCCGAACUAUCCAAGGACUCAUUGACUUCAUCAAAAAGUUCCUUAAACUUGUGGCCUCGGAACAGUUGUUUAUUUAUGUAAAUCAGUCCUUUGCCCCCUCUCCAGAUCAGGAAGUGGGAACCCUCUAUGAGUGUUUUGGCAGUGAUGGUAAGCUGGUCCUACAUUACUGCAAAUCUCAGGCAUGGGGCUGAACCACAAAGGAAAAGAUGUUGCUGACUUAAAAUGAAUCUUCACAAAGGAAACAGCUCUGAAAGUUUUGUUACUUAUGGCAAGAGUCUUAAGGAUAUGAUCUACUCAGCAUGUAUCUACUGUGACCCUAUUUAUUCAUAAGAAAAAAAAAAUGCGUAGAGAGUGGAUGAACUCACAAACUGUGAUUUGUAUUAAUACACAAGUCAUCAUAAAAUACUGGCCUUCCUAUAUACCCGUUACUACAACUAUUGCUUUAGAUAAGUCUCCAAAGUAUUGAAGAGGAAGACGGUUGUGAAGCUUCCAGCAGAGGGCAGCCCAGCUAGCAGAAAGAGUUAAGCUACUCGGUGUUUACAUCUUUGCCAGAUGAUAAUGGAGGGAAAAGCUGUUGUGCUAAUUUCUAGCAAACAUCUAGCCAAAAGAGCAAGCAUGUUGACACAUUGGAAGGCUGCUUUAGAAAAUAUGUAUGUUUUAGAUUUAUUUUAUUGGAAGUAAAGGAAUUUUACAAUUCUGGAGAAAUAUAUCAUACAGCUCUUUUCAAAAAGUCCUAUCAUUUAAUGAUUUUUGAGAACCGGUGGUUAUAACUGUGGUAUUUUUCUGUCUCUUGUUUUUACAGUGUCAAAAGCACUUGAUUAAUAAGCCUGACAGUAUCUUUGAGUUUUUAUAUUGCACUUUCCAAGUUGAAAACACUCAAAUAAUAAUUGAAAGACAGCUUUAGAUUUUAUUUUAUGUAAAUUUCAUGCCAGGACUAAAAGAGUGCCUUUUUUUUUGUUGUUUGAGAUGAUAAAUUUGUGUGAUUAUUUUUUUCAAUUUAGUAAAUAUGCUCUAGUUUUAUCAGUGAAAGUACCAUUUUUAUUCAUUCUUUAUUAGACUGGCAGUCAACUUGAAGUGAGAUUAACUUUUUUUCCAUUCAUUCUGUUAAUUUGCAAUGCAGUGUUAAAAAAAUUUCUGCUUAAUUAACUAGAAUGUCCAAACAGGAUCUAAGGUGUAUAUGAGAAGUCUAAAUGUUUCUUUUCGGAGGUAAUGGAAAUGAUAAGAUUUUGUCAAAGAAUUUUAGACUAUAUGUCCCUUGACUCCCAGAAUGUAUUUUAUGGUUAAUGGUCUGCCAUACACAUUAGCAUUACAGAAUGCUAAGUUUACAAUGAUAAAACUGCUGUUCAGUUCUCAUUUUCUGUCCAAAGAUGAAUUCUUAUAGCUCCUUUUAUAUUAACUGGUAUAAAUUAAUACAGUUGGUAGUUAGCACUGUAAUAAUACAGGUUGAAUUAUAUCUUGUAAAACUAGGUAACAAAUUUGUAUAUGUGUUUAAAACUGGAAAGUGUAUUAUUUUCAAGUUAAAUAGUUGAAUAUGGGAAAGAUCUGUUCUCUAGUUUUGUGUACUUAAGCUUACUGAAGGAUGUGAAUAUAUUUAUUUGCAUUUAUAUUUAAGAGCCAGAAAUGUGUUUAACUUAUGUUUGUCACUAAGGUUUCAGAUGAUAGAAUACUUACUACUUCAACAUCAAAACUACUUCAGUUUGAAUUUGUGACUUCAAUUUAUUCUCUUUUGAUCUGAAUUUAUUAAACUUCAAAUUAGCUAAAUAUGUAUACCUUAUUUUUCUUACUAAAUAACCUUAAAGAAUAUAUAGGGAUUUUGACACUUUCAAACCAUAUUUACAUUAUUAUCUCAGCCCUUAGCCAAAAAAAUUACUCAUUCUAUGCUAAUUUUGCAACAUCUAUUUGUAACCCGAAUUUCCAUAAAUUAUUGGGUGGCUAAUACCUAAAAAAUAAUUCUCAAAUAUUUUUGCAGAUGUCUGGUUCACACUGUGUCAAUUAUAAUCAAACAAAAAACAAUCUAACUUAUUUUUUUAAGGUUUUUUUUUUUUAAUAUUUUUCAUUGAGUUAACAUAGGUUUACAUCCUUGUUUGCAUUUUAAAAGUGUAGGAUAUCCCCUUGGGGUGUUGUUACCACACCACACCCACCACCAAAGUAACCAGAGCUCCAUGUUUAUAAGAAAAUAUCAGUGAUGCCAUGUUUUAUCUUAGUGUGCAGCGCUGAGUGGCAGCACACAGUAUGCGUGCCAACAACUUUAUAAUUAGCUCUCUAUAGUGUAAGCUAAGGAUGUUUAUCUGUAAUCAAAAUAAGAUUGGAGACUUAAUGGAAUCUUUUUCUAGAUGUUUUAACCCUGAAAGACCUUAAAUAUCAUUUAAUCUGUUAAGAAAACAGAAGUGCUGAAUAUCCCAUAAAUUAUAUAGCUUUAGUCAAGCAAUUUAGUGGCAUGCAACUCAAAGACUGGUGUUGAAGGUGUAAAAGGUGGUUCAUACCUCUUUGCUUCAUUUUCUGAGGAUUAUAACAUACUGGGGAAGCUUUUGGCACUGGGGAAGCCAACCACAAAAUGGAAGGAAAGGUUUUCAGAAAACAGUUGAGCAGGUUUAGUCUUACAAAUACUAUUUCCCUACAACUUUGAUUCCAAACUGGACUAUUCACUAUUUCCUGAAUAUGCCUUGUGUUUUUUCUCUUCCUGUGUCCACACAUGCCAUUUACUUCUGGAAGUACGUUUACACCUUUAUCACUUCAAAUCCUAAUUCAGAUUUUUAACCAUUAAAAGUUUGUCCAAAUCACUUCUUUUCUUCUAAUUUUAAUAGCCAACUAAUUGGGUUUUGUUUUUUUUUUUAAUCUGUUCUCCCUCUUGCCCAGAAUUCUCCAGUGAAAGGUGAAGUCCUGACCUUGUCCAACAAAGGCCUGUAUGAGCUACAAUCCCAUCUCUACACCCUGCACUGACAUCUCUGUUCAUCUCUGUGGCUCCCUCUCUCCCCCUAACUUUUGCAUUUACCAUUUCCUCCACCUGGAAACUUAUGAGACAUUACAUUUACUCUGGUACUCUUCAGUUGCUGCUCAGCUGUCACUUUGUGGAGGAAAUGUGUUCUCCUGAACUGCAGCUAAAUGACAACUCACAGCCCUCCUUCCCCUGGUUUUUCUCCAUGUAUACUGUAUGUAGUGUUUGUUGAUGUGUCUCUUCACACCCACCAUUCCCUUAAGACCUAGGAUAAAGACUUAGUUUUGCCAGCAGU